UUGGCGAUCGGGAGCUCUCGGGCUGCGGCGUCGUAUUUAUUAAUUUAUAUUCCGCGGCGCCCCGCGCGCGGGCCGCUCCUUUGUACCCGGCCGCCGCCGCCGCCGGGGCUCCGGGGCCUCAGCGGGGAGCGCGGCCCCCUCGUCCUCCCGACCCCCAAGGCCGGCACGUGCUGCUCCCGCCCGCCCGCACGCCCGGCCCGCCGAGGGGGCGGAGGCCCGGCUUUUCUCCUACCCUCUCUGGGCCAGAAGGAGGAGGAGCAGCGGCGGCAGCAGCAGCAGCAGCCGGAGGAGGCGACUGCUGCCCGGCCGAGGGAGCGCGGCGGAGCGGGGCUACGGCGCCCGGCAACGCUCGGCGGCCGCCGGGGAGGCGGGAGUGGCGCGGCCGGCCGGGAUGUUCCCUGGCACUUCCUGACUGGCUGGCCGCGCGCACACGGCCAGACUCGCACGCCCCCGGCCCCCGUGGCUCGCUCGCUCGCUGGCUCGCGCGGGCCCGCUCUGCGUCGGCCGCGCCGCGGGGGAGGCGCGCUAGGGGGGACGCGGCCCGGCAUGAGCUGAUUGCGGGUGGAUACGCCGCCGUCGGGCUCCUAGAAGCCGUGAGGAGCCGCUUUUCUCCGAGUCGCCGCCCUGCCCUUGGAUUUGAGAUCAUGUCCAUUCACAUCGUGGCGCUGGGGAACGAGGGGGACGCGUUUCACCAGGACAAUCGGCCGUCGGGGCUCAUCCGCACUUACCUGGGGAGAAGCCCGCUGGUCUCAGGGGACGAAAGCAGCUUGUUGCUGAACGCGACCAGUACGGUCGCGCGUCCCGUGUUCACCGAGUAUCAGGCCAGCGCGUUUGGGAAUGUCAAGCUAGUGGUCCACGACUGUCCCGUCUGGGACAUUUUUGACAGUGAUUGGUACACCUCUCGAAAUCUAAUUGGAGGUGCUGACAUCAUUGUGAUCAAGUACAACGUAAAUGACAAGUUUUCAUUUCACGAAGUGAAGGAUAAUUAUAUUCCAGUGAUAAAAAGAGCAUUAAAUUCAGUUCCAGUUAUCAUUGCUGCUGUUGGUACAAGACAAAAUGAAGAGUUACCUUGCACAUGCCCACUGUGUACCUCAGACAGAGGGAGCUGUGUCAGUACGACGGAAGGGAUCCAACUUGCUAAAGAACUAGGAGCCACCUAUCUGGAACUGCACAGCCUUGAUGACUUCUACAUAGGAAAAUAUUUUGGAGGAGUGUUGGAGUAUUUUAUGAUUCAAGCCUUGAAUCAGAAGACAAGUGAAAAAAUGAAGAAAAGGAAAAUGAGCAACUCGUUUCACGGAAUUAGACCACCUCAGCUUGAACAACCAGAAAAAAUGCCUGUCUUGAAGGCUGAAGCAUCACAUUAUAACGCUGACCUGAAUAACUUGCUGUUCUGCUGCCAGUGUGUGGAUGUGGUGUUUUACAACCCAGAUUUAAAGGAAGUGGCUGAGGCCCACAAGAUCGUUCUCUGUGCCGUCAGCCAUGUUUUCAUGCUGCUUUUCAAUGUGAAGAGUCCUGCUGACAUUCAGGAUUCCAGUAUCAUCCGAACUACCCAGGAUCUCUUUGCUAUAAACAGAGAUCCUGCGUUUCCAGGUGCUAGCCAGGAGUCUCCAGGCAACCCACCCUUACGAGUCAUUGUUAAAGAUGCCCUCUUCUGUUCUUGUUUAUCGGACAUUCUGCGCUUCAUUUAUUCAGGCGCCUUCCAGUGGGAAGAAUUGGAAGAAGAUAUCAGGAAGAAGUUGAAAGAUUCUGGGGAUGUUUCAAAUGUAAUUGAGAAAGUUAAAUGCAUUUUAAAAACACCAGGAAAGUUUAAUUGCCUGAGGAACUGCAAAACCUAUCAAGCCAGAAAACCUCUGUGGUUUUAUAACACUUCCCUCAAGUUUUUCCUUAAUAAACCAAUGCUUGCUGAUGUUGUCUUCGAAAUACAAGGUACGACGGUGCCAGCCCACAGGGCCGUCCUGGUGGCCCGGUGUGAAGUGAUGGCAGCCAUGUUUAAUGGGAAUUACAUGGAAGCAAAGAGUGUUCUGAUUCCAGUUUAUGGUGUUUCCAAAGAGACUUUCUUGUCAUUCUUAGAAUACCUAUACACAGACUCCUGUUGCCCAGCUGGCAUUUUCCAGGCGAUGUGUCUCCUGAUCUGUGCAGAGAUGUACCAAGUGUCCAGGCUGCAGCACAUCUGUGAGCUGUUCAUCAUUACACAGCUGCAAAGCAUGCCAAGCCGGGAACUGGCAUCUAUGAACCUCGAUAUAGUCGACCUGCUCAAAAAAGCCAAGUUUCACCACUCUGAUUGCCUCUCAACCUGGCUGCUUCAUUUCAUUGCCACUAACUACCUCAUCUUCAGUCAGAAGCCUGAAUUUCAGGAUCUUUCAGUGGAAGAACGCAGUUUUGUUGAAAAGCACAGAUGGCCAUCAAAUAUGUACUUGAAGCAGCUUGCGGAAUACAGGAAGUAUAUUCACUCCCGGAAAUGUCGUUGCUUAGUAAUGUAACCCUGGAGUUUUUAUAUACACACACUUUUUCUUGUUAUUAUGAAGAAUGGGGUACUUCUGGGUUCUAGGAAAAUUCCUGUGACUGCAACCAAUAUGGGAGUUAAAAAAAAAAAUCACUAUACAGCUUAAUGUGCUUAUUAGUUCUUAUUGAAAAAACCUACUAUUAUGAUCUUAAAAGGGAACAAAAUAUACCAUAGGCUAAAAUUAAGACUUCACCCGACUAUAUAAGGCUGUGUACAGCUAUUUUUCCCUUUAAGAUGCCCUAUUGGUUUAGUGAUAUUAAUACCCCUUCCAUUUAAGAAAUGUUUAAAUUUUAAAAAAAUCAUGUAGGAUUAAUACAGAAAUUUCAUCAUGUCUGAAUAAUUGCUCUAUUAAAAUAAGGGCCUUUUAAAGACCCAGUAUGACUGUUUCUAUAGUGAGAAAUCUAGAAGACUGAUCAGGCUGAGAUCUUAGGAAUAGAAAUUUGCCUAGGAUUUUGAAAGCGAAAUGCCAUUUCAUUCCAAAUCAAUGGUAGUGUUUGAACCAUAAUGGAAAAAAAAAUCUGUUUUUUAUCUGAACAAUCCAGCUGAGCCACCUUGUCUCUCCCCUGGGAUUCUGAUUAGGCAAGAAAUCUAUGGAGGACUGGCUUUGUGGCCAUGUAACCUGUGUGCUUACACAAGGCCCCCUGCUUAGAAGGGCCCCAUGCUUGGUUCAGUGCCCUGCAAUCGCCAUCUUAAAAUUUGUAAUAAUGUUUGAAGAAGGGCCCUGCAUUUUCACUCUGUACUGGGCCCCCCAGAUUAUGCAUAUCUCCUAGCAGGGUAUGUUUUCUUGCUCAAACGUUAUUAUCUCUGAAAGCAGAAAAGAGGCACUGAUAUCAAGGAAAGAGAAGGAAGCUUGCUGAGGGAAGAGAUCACAUGGGGUUUCCCCCAUGGGAAGGUCUGUACCACCCAUGGCCUCCCUCCUCUGCCACCUCUGCUGGCAAGUGAGAAAUGCAUCAUGUUGGUUUCACUUUGUAACACUCACAAUUCUGGCACUACACAGAUGAAUACUUUCUUGAUCAUUCUCUAAGACCAGGAUGUUGGUAAAAGUGACUGAUCAGUGUGACUUUAAUAUGCACUUAUAAAAAUGCUCGUAGGAAAAGACGCUUUCUAGAGAAUUUGCAAUCAAAGGCUCAAGAGUUUUUCUUCUUUCAGUGUAUUUACUAAGAUUAGGAUAUCAGUGGCUUGAAGUGUGUGAAUUCUUUCUGAGGACUGAAAGGGUAUUUGAUGAGGAAUAGCAUGAACCUUGUCCUUCAAGAUUAUCUAGUAAGUUCAGAGAAAGGAUAUAAAUCAAGACUUGUUACAUGUAGAGAAAAUGGUACUAAGAUAGAGGACAAAAUUCUAGUUUCUCUUGUAUCACAUGUCAACAGAAACAAUUAUAUCAGAAGCUCACAAGCUGAGAGAUGGAAAACCACAUUACUUUGUUGUUAGCAUCAUUUUCAUCUGUAAUUCGGUAUUGGAAUAUAUUUUUCUUUUAAUUUCCAGUGACUUUAGAAUACACAUAGUUUUUCCGACUGUUCAAAGGUUUGAUUAAACAGUUUUAUACCAUAGUAUAGACACAGUAUUAUACAGUUGGUCCUUGGAUGUAUACCAACACUGUCAGAGUAAAACAGUAAAAAUCCCCUACAAAUAUCUUACAAGAAACCUGAUUUUAAUUGGAUUGUAUUGAUAAAUAUUACUGGAAUGCAUUUUUUAUUUUUUGUAUUUAACUUACUUGAGCUAAUCAACUGUUGACAAAUUCCACUUGACAAAGAUUAGCAUUGGAAAGAAUAGAUACUGUAGUAGAUUUUUAGAAAUUCAUUCACAUUUAAGGCCUUUUAAAAUGCAGUGAUAGCCUUUUGCUUUUCAUAAGCAUUUUCUUACCCCUGCAUUAAUUACAGCACUUAAAAUUCUAAGUCAGUCUUAACUUUUAAUCUAGGAAAUUAAAAAAUAUAAGUUCUAAAGCAAAAUAUUUUCUUGAAAAUACUAUUUAGCAUUUCAGUAGACCAUAGAUAGUUUCUAGGUUGUUGGACAAAAGUGGAAGUUGGGUUUGGGAGCUGGUGCUCUGUUGGUGCUGUGCAUGUAGUUUUUAUUAUGAAAGUUCUUUGCCACCUGUGAGUGACUCAAACACCCCGAUGUCACAGCUCUCCUGGGCUAGUCAGAACAGUAAUCAAAUUAGACUAGACUCUUCAAUACCUUUGAAUUAACUCAAUUUAAAAUAACAAGAAUUUUUUUUUAGAAAAAACCUUACAGACUAUCUUGGAGAAAUGAGUGCUCUUUUUGAGUUUUUCUAAUUGAAAGAUUAUUUCUAGAUGAAUGUAUGCUUUGUGCUGAUCUCUUGCUUCAAUAUAUUUACCAAUCAUUUUAAUUAGAGAAGAUACUGUAUGGUAGAACUAAGGCUUUUUCUUUCUGGGCCAGGUUUUCACCUUAUAUAACCCUUGUAUACUCCUGACUACUCUGUGUUCAUAUUGUAGAGAGUAGGCUUAUAAUAUAGAAGGUUCAGUAACAUAGCUGAAAUUCACCCUUUCUAAGCCAGCACGGUGGCUUCAUAUGGGCAGAAGCAGAAAACUGAAGAAUUGGAUAAAUUUGACUGCCAAGACAGCUGAACUUUUCAACUGUAGUUUUAAAAACUACAGUACACUGAUAUAGCUAAUUAGACAAAACGUCCUCAAAAGUAUUUUAUUUAAUUUAAGGCAUCUGUUUAAUUCAAUCUUUAAUAAUUUUGCAAAGAAGGAUAUGUGUGUAUUUUAAUAUAGCCUGACCUGAAUUUAUAUGUUUUUAGUUUUAGUAUUUAACAUUUUUGUAACAAAUAAACCUUUUUUUAAAACAA